GAGGCGCGACUUUUGAACGCUAGCAUCGCUCCGAAUACCAAUCUGAAUCCAAAACCAAAACCGUAUAGAAAACCAACGGACCCGGUCGUGUUACCCAUAGUAUCCGAUAUAUAUCUCACAUUUUUUUUAUUUGUGGUGCCGCAAAGACAAGAAUUUUCAAAAGUGCAUAUCCAUAUAAUCAAUAUCGGAUUGUGUGAAAAAGUCGCUGCGAAAGCGCAUUGUUAUCUGGAUUCGCCAUGAGAUUAGCAUUGAUAUUGGGCACUCUUAGUGCUUUCCUGUGCCUGGCCAGCGGUUUGAGUCAGUCAGAGGCGAGUGGGUCAAAAGGCAAUGGCUUUCCCAAAAAGGUCACCACCCUGAAGAAGCGGCCGACCAAAACGCCAACCACGGCGCCAAUCUCCACCAGCAGAGGAACCACUCUGAAGCCCAGUAAGCCCCGUGUGAAGAUUGCCAAGUCUGCGGCCACCAGAAACCCCACCAAAGCACCAGCUGUUGCCGAGACAUUUGCCAAUCUGCCCGCUGAUGACCUGGAGUUCAUCAAGGAGCUGGACAAGCAGUUCAAGCUCCACGGAGACAAGAUCAAGAUCAAGGUGGAGAGGGACAAUUCCACGGGCAGCGGUGGCAAGAACAGCAAGCGGACCAUCGAGGGCGACUUAGGAUACGGCUACUCGCAUCCUGGCUAUGAUUACACGCCACCCAAGUUCAUGUUCUAUCCGUACUCACAGCACGAUAUCCCCACGGGCUUUGCCCAUCGCCAGCCACUGCCGGAGGAGCAGGAGCCGGAGCCGGAGCAGGCGGAGCCGCAGCAGCCAGCGGUGCAUCACCACAGCCACAACCACGAGCAGGUGACCAGCGUGACUAUCGAGCCCUCGUACUCCUACGAGCUGAAGCCCCAGACGAGCUACGAGACCCAGCCCCAGCACACGGCCCCUGAGCAGCCGCAGAUUGAUCUGCCCCAGGAGGAGGCGGAGGGUGCUUCGCAUGCCUCUGCUGGCUACCAGGAGCCGGUCAUUGUGUUGCGCAUUCCCGGUCCCGCCAAGUACGCCGCCCACUUGCAGACCCUUCUCCAGCAGUAUCUCGAGAUCAGGGCGGCCCAGUACCUCAGUUUGCUCCAGGAGGCAGAGCAGAACCAGCAACAGCAGCACCAGCACCAGCAUCAGCACCAGCAGCAACAUGCGGAUCCCCCGCAGCAAUAUGGGCCACCAGAACCGGCCACGUACCACCAGGAAGUGACCUAUGCCCACCAACUGGCACCAACUCCGGCGCCCGUGCAGUAUGCACCCAUCGACGAUGUCUACCAGAGCUACAAGGGUCGCCACCAGCAGCAGUUGCAGCUGCAGCAGCAACAGUACGAGCCGCAGCAGUACUACGCGCCCAUGGACUACCAGCAGCCCACUCAGUUCUACUAUGCUCAGCCGCAAUCUCAUUUGCAGCAGCAACCUCAGCUCUACCUAAUAGCAAUGACCCAGCCGGAACCGGAAGCGGAACCGCAGCAGCAUCAGCACAUCCACCAACACCAACAGCAACAGCAACAGCAACACCACCAUCAUCAGCAGCAACAUCAGCAGCCAAUCUAUGUGCCAGAAUCUGAUCCACCCACAGCUCCUGGUGUUCCGGAACAGGAACCGGAACCUGAGCACAGCCUGCCCAUCACGGAGAACAACCCGCGACCCACCCACACCAAGGUCAUCUUUAAUCCCUAUCCCUACCAACAGCAACAUGAGCAGCACCAGCAACAGCAGGCUGACGACGAGGAGCAACAUUCAGAGGGUGAAAGGCCGUUCAACUACCAUGCCCACAGUCUAAAGAUGCGCCAGGGAAAGAGGGCGGCCAAGCCGGAGCCAGCGGCUGAGGACGGGGCUUCCGGAUCGGGAUCCGGUGACCAUCGACUGCAGCAGAUCAGGGAGUAUGUGAGGGAGAAGCUGGGCGCUGAAAUGGGUUCGGCCGUGGAGUACAAGACGACGCAGCUGCUCGAGGGUUGAGGUUCUGAUCCAUGUUCGCCGGGGGGAUGGGAGAUUCACUUAAAAUUUAGCCAAUUUCUUGUGUCAAAAUUUAUGACGAGUGAAAAUAGGUCAUCGCAAGUGCCACGAAAAGCGUUAGAAGUCUAAAAUCAUGUCUAAAGGUUAUCUAUAGAAUUGCUGCAUUUCGUAGCAUCCUUAUAGACACCUCCACAAGCGAUUUCAAACCUCUAGAGAGUUCUGUAGGUAAAGAUUUCCCAAGAUUUUGGAGAUCCAAACUAUUAAGAGUAACGUAAAAGUAUGCCCUAUACACAUUUAAAACGUUAAAAGAUAUUCAAUUAAUACUACUUGAAUUACCUUUCAAUAUACUGCUGCAUACUUUUAGGAGCUUGAAACAUGGUUUGCAAAAGUCUAUAGAGAUUUGAAAAAUAUGCCUGCCUUUUGGAACCCGAAAACAAAUCCAGCAAGACAGUAAACUUAAAGUGAGUGCCAUCCCCCCAAUUAACUCGUAUUGUUAACACACUUUGUGGUUGCUUCUUGUGCCUGAUAUCCGUUCAUUAGUAUUUAUUCCAAGCUAGGGGAGUAGGAAGAUCCCGAGGGUGAUCCUCCAGCUCCACCACCACCACCACUCAUUUCAAUCCUGUCCACGAUCCCCAAGCUGCAAGGCCAAGGCAUACUUUUGGGCGAAACUCAUGGGGGAAGCCCAAAGGUGGGCUUACUUUCUCCCCUUUUCUUCGUGGAGAGGUGCGGGACCAGGGGGUUCACUCCACACAUUCGCUUUUCAUUAUUUUGUACGACGUUUUUUUUAUGUUGUUUAUAUGUUGUUAACCAAGAAAAUGUGCUGCUGAUCAUCUGUGCAAUAUUUAGUCUGUAAUUAAACGUGCUUCUUGAAUUUA